ACGUGACGCGCGGGAAAGGGGCGGGGCCAGAGGGCGGAAGUCGCGCGGUGCCGACGGAGCCCGGACAUGGCGGGCGUGAAAGCUCUCGUGGCCCUGUCGUUCAGCGGAGCCAUCGGGCUGACGUUCCUCAUGCUGGGCUGCGCCCUGGAGUACUACGGUGUGUACUGGCCCCUGUUUGUGCUGAUAUUUUACUUCAUCUGCCCCAUUCCCCACUUCAUUGCCAAGAGGGUGGGUGAUGACAGCGAUGCAGCCAGCAGUGCCUGCAGGGAGCUGGCCUAUUUCUUCACCACAGGGAUUGUUGUCUCUGCCUUUGGAUUUCCCAUCAUCCUUGCACGGGUGGAAGCAAUCAAGUGGGGAGCCUGUGGCCUGGUGCUGGCUGGCAAUGCAGUCAUUUUCCUCACCAUUUUAGGCUUUUUCCUUGUGUUUGGCAGAGGAGAUGACUUCAGCUGGGAGCAGUGGUAGGAGCUCGCUGCGGUGCUGGGGAUUUUCACUGUCCCACAGCUUUUUCCCCCUGUUCUGUGUGUAGGGAUACUCCAAUGUGUGUGGUGUGUUCUAACAUUCACCUGGCUUUACCUUGUCGUGUAAUAAUUUGCUUUUUGAAAUGCACUUCAGCCAAAGGGACGGUGCUGACAGCUGGCUGGAAGAAGUCACUGAAACGGGGAAUCACCAGGAAUUUAUCCUUGGAGAAGUUUACAAAACAGAAGCAGUUUUACCCAUUUUGCACUGUGUUUGCAUUGGUUUUUGGUUUAUUGCAGUGCCACUGGUCACCACUCCUGCUGGGUUUUUAACCAUGUCAUCAAAGAAUCAUAGGCAGAUUAUCCUGAUUGGGAUUGUUCAGCUUGAUCAACCUUUCUGCUUUAAUUCAGAUCAGUUAUUGUGGCAUUUGCAUCUCAUUAAUUGCUAUUUGAGAAAAAUUGUCAUUUUUCUUAGUGGUAAUAAAGCCAAAUGUAAAUGAUGCCAACUCUUACUGCCUGAGGAAAAAAAGAAAACAACCCUGGUUAAAAACCCUUCCACUUAUGUUUGCUUCAAGAUCAUUUUCUUCCCCACAAAGAGUUUUUCUGUCCCUAUUUAGAUAAAAAUUGUGGCUGUAUUUGGGGAAUAACAUAUUCUAAUGCAUCUUAAAGCUGACAUGACUUCUCUGAAGGUUCACAAAAGGAGAAACUACCCUCAGGACACUUAAAAUCACAGUUUAGUGUUCAACUCUUGUGUUUUUAUGGGUGUGAGUUGCAAGGAAUGGAGUGUUCUGCUGGGUAGGAUUUCUUAUUUCCUCCUUGCUUCUAAAACACCCUUCUUCAGCUCCUGUUUUUUGUCUGGAAGAAGGUUAUUAUUGCAUAAAACACUAUAUUUUAAUAGCAUUAUCCUAGUAAACAUUUGCAUAAUCACACUUAAGAAAAUACAGUUUUAUUACUUUAGUUGUGUAAGAAUAGAGGGAAUGGUCAGUAAUUAAUUACUGCUGAUAGAGGAAUUAACAUUAAAGGACAGUUUUAUUUCUGAAUGUUAAUGCUCCAUCCAAGACAUGGCAGGAAAAACUUACAAAAAUCCUGGGAAUAACAAAUGGUCUGAGUGUCUUCUUCCUGCUUUUGAUGAAAUCUGAUGGAGCUGGGGAAAUGACUUGUUUUAGUCAUUUUAGUGAUAAACCAAAUUUUUCAGAUGAAACAUCAUUUCCAUGUUUAAACCCUGCUGGGAUUUUAAAGAAGAUGCCUUUUUUUCCCUAUACAGAGGCAUUUUUCACUCAAUAAUGGUGUAAAACAGUGAAAUAAAACCCAGUCAGUGCCUGAUGAUAAAUUCCUAAUGCCAUUGCUAAAAUUCCAUUUAGCUCCUCUUGGAUUGGGGCUGGAUUCUGGCAGGCUUUCACUCCAUUUAUGUACCAAAGGCUGAGAUAGAAAUCUACAAAACUCCUCAAUUACUGAUGGAGCUUUGGGGAGGAAAACCAGCUGAGAUUGAAUUUUUCCUGAAAAUAAAUCACUCUGUAGCGUGUGACGGGAACAGUGAACAAGGACAAUCCAAAGGGACCAGGAGGACCAGAAAAUGCUGGUUUAAAUUGCUUUUUGCCAAAUUCUUCCAUUGUACUGUAUCCCCUUCGGGCUGUGGUUGGUGGGCACCUCAUGGGUGGUGAGUGGAGAGGGUCAAUGCUUUUUUUAUUAUUAUUUUUAUUAUUUGUAUUAUUAUUUGGAAGUAGCUACGUGCACUAAUCCCUAAUGUGAAUUUCAUGCAGUUUUCACAUGGACUUUACAUUUAACGUUUAAAAUUGUGUUGAGACCGUGGAGAUCUUCCUUAACCUCUGUAAAGUAAAUUUUCUUUGUUAUCAAAUAUGCUAAAAAUAAUCUUUCAGUGGGGUUUUUUCUCCAGAGCUUCACUCCCACUGCGCUCUGAUGGUCUGUGCUGGGAAUUGUGUCCCGUCCCUCCCGUGGGAAUUGAUUGUGGUUUCUCUGGAGUGGUUUUCCUGUGUGGAAGUGAACGCUGUGUAUCCAAAGUGCCUUAAUUUCCACACGAGGCUGAUUUUUGUGGCUGCACCUCCGUGGCAAGAUCAGUGUUCCGUAAUCAGCUGGCAAUGUGGAGCUGCGUUUCCCAAAGCUUCCUUGCCAGCUAAUCCUGUUUCCUGUCACGGGGAGCACGGUGCAGCUUUUGUACCUUUUGUAAACAGUUUUUUAUGAUUGCCAUGUCCCUGAGAUCAUCAAGUAUUAAAACGUGGACAUUCAAAUAUAUUCUACUUUUCUUUCCAAGUUGCCUACUAAAAGUGACUUUUGGAAUUGUCUAAUAAACAUAUCCGAUGCUUAAA